AUGUUGUCCAAUCUGAUGGCCAUGGACGACCCAUGUCACCCCUGCAUGACCAUCAUGGACAACCCAUGUCACCCCUGCAUGACCAUCAUGGACAACCUAUGUCACCCCUGCAUGACCAUCAUGGACAACCCAUGUCACCCCUGCAUGACCAUCAUGGACGACCCAUCUCACCCCUGCAUGACCAUCAUGGACAACCCAUCUCACCCCCUGCAUGGCCAUCAUGGACAACCCAUCUCACCCCCUUCUGUAUCACUGUGGAUCACUUUCGGUGGUGGUACCAAACUCAUCGUAGACUUGGGCGUGGUUCGUCCCUCCCUGACCAUCCUACUCCCCUCCAGUGAGCAGGAGGACCAGGGUGAUGUUGUCCUAGUGUGCCUGGCCAACAGGGGCUUCCCAGGGGACUGGAAGCUGGGUAUGAGGCUGGGGUCCGGGGGGUCCUUGCAGGGUAGCCAGAGUCAGGAGGUCCUGGAGAAAGACGGACACUACAGCUGGAGCAGCAGCCUGACCCUCCCAGCCAACCAGUGGAGGAAGGCGGGCUCAGUCACCUGUGAGGCCACCCUAAAGGACCAGACCCCUGUCACUCAGACAUUGGAGACACAACAGUGCUCCCAGUAGACACACUGUAAUAACUAUCAUCAUCGGUCACUCUAUCAUUCUCAGUAUCAGAUUUGGAAAUAGGAGAAAUUGACAAAAUCUAAAUAAAAUCAUUUAUUUCAAA